AUGAAAUCGGCCCAUUUGCUUUUUCUCUUAGUCUUAGUCGUUCUGAUCUUCGAUCCUACGCCAGCCAGUGCCUCACCUCUCGGAAAGAGAUGGACAAAAAGUCCAUGUUGUCCCAUUUCAAGAUGUGUGUUUAAACAAGGUGACAAUUUCGUAAAUGCGGCCGGAUUUGCUGGCAACACAUUUAACGGGUUCCUCGAAUUCAUGCAAUCGCCCAAUGACACUUUGGAAAUCAGUGGUUGGAUUGAUAUUCAUGGUACGAUAAACGGAGCAGUUGAAUCUUUCUAUGAUAUUCACGUGGCCAAUUGCAGCACAGCCAGCACCGAUACACCCGGAGACCCUGCCAUCAUUGACUUGGAUAAUGCGUCCUUCUCUACACCCAUCCUUGCAUCGAGAAGCCUGUCAAUAAACAACAUUACAAAUAAAUGUUGCUUCGUAGUGGAAGAGUUUGCAUCACUUGGUGGAUCAAUUCCUCCCAACGAAAGAAUUUAUGGAGUUGCACCAGUGGAAGAUGUUGUAAGCUGUGUACGCAAUACUAGCACCAGACAUCUUAACGCAGAGAACAUACAAGUUUGA